AUGACACUGGCAACCUUCUUGAAGGUUAAUCCACCUAAGUUCAAGGGAACUACUAGCCCGACUGAAGCCGACAUCUGGUUUCAGGCUAUGGAGCGACAGGGUGAUGACUAUAUCACUUGGGAUGCCUUUCGGGAGGAGUUCUAUAAGAAGUACUUUCCAACUUCUACCAGGAUGGCCAAGGAACUUGAGUUGCUACAGAUGAAGCAAGGUACUAUGUCCAUAUCUGAGUAUACUGAGAAGUUUGAGGAGCUGUUCAGGUUUUCCCGUAUGUGUCAGGGAACUCCGGAAGACUAUAAGGAAUGGAACUGCAUUAAGUAUGAAGGAGGACUCUGGAGCUAUAUCUUCAGCUCAGUGGGACCAAUGGAGAUCAGAACUUUCUCUGAAUUGGUGAACAAGAGUAGGGUUGCUGAAGAGUGUGUGUGA